AUGGGCAUCGUGCAGCAAGAUGGCUCGCGGCGAGCAACAACAGCAUUACCGUCCAAAUCGCCGCUGCAAGCAAGGCCUGAGAUUGCUAUCCUGGGAGCUGGGAUUGGUGGAUUGGCAUUGGCUAUCGGAAUGAUACGCCGAGGUGUCGCUGUCACUAUCUAUGAAGCGGCAGAGGAGUUCUCUGCCGUAGGGGCUGGCAUUGGAUUUGGUCCAAACGCACUGAAUUCAAUUGACUUGCUGGACCCAAGGUUUCGUCAAAUGUACGAAGCCGCCGCUACCGCCAACGAGCGACCAGAGUUCGAGCACAGCGUCUUUGACGCUCUGUACGCUGAGGAGGGAUUCGGGGAGAAGCGUGGUUGGAAGAGAGGUCUGGUUGGGGCACCAUAUUUCUUCCGUUCGAGCGCCCACCGGAAGGACCUGCUGCAGAUCAUGACGGAGCUCAUUCCGGAAGGCGUUGUCAAAUUCAACAAACGUGCCAAGAGCAUCCAUCAGAGCAACAACAAUGUCACAAUCGCGUUCGACGAUGGACAGACUAUUACUGUCGAUGCAUUGAUCGGCUGCGAUGGCGUCAAAGGUGCAACACGCGGCCUUGUACUCGGCAAGACACACCCGGAACAAGUGGCGCCUACCUACUGCAACAUGUACAUCUACCGCGGCAUAAUACCCAUGAAAGACUGUAAAGAGGUCCUAGGUCAACACGCUGGCGAUGCGAAAUGGUUCAUGCGGAAGGAUCAGGGCGUUGCUAUUUACCCAAUACAAAAAGGCGCCGCAGAAAAUUUUGUGUUCUUCGUCAACGAUCAUAAAGGCUGGACAGGGCCCCCGGUGGCGAUCCCGCGUACAAAGGAAGAGAUGCGAGAGGAUUUGGCUGGUUUCGACGAGAGAUUGCUGAAGCUCCUGGAUUGGGCUCAACCACUCCAGUGGCCGACCUACCACCAUCCCAAGACUCAUACCUACUUCAAAGGUCGCAUCUGCCUAUUAGGAGAUGUUGCUCAUGCUACAACUCCUCAUCAAGCCGCUGGAGCAAGUCAAGGACUGGAAGACGCUGUAGUACUGAGCCGUCUCCUCGCAGCAGUGCAAAACCCAGACGAACUCGACGCCGCAUUUCGAGUCUACGACCGUAUCAGGCGGCCAAGAGCUCAACGUGUGGCUCAGACAAGCUACGAGGCGGGGGUCAUGUACUCGUGGAAUGACCCGAACUUUGGUGACGAUAUGCAGAAGAUUGUGGACAACGCAAACGAGAGGUUACAUUGGAUAUGGCAGCAUGACCUCAAGGGCGACGCUGAUAAUGCGGAGGCGGAGUUUUUGCAGAUGACGAGGGGCAGCGAAAAAUCAAGCACGGUUGUGACUGUCAACGGCUCAGGCAUGAAGCAUAAGUUAUAG